UCUGGGAUUAGUAGUUCAUUCUCUCUUGUUGCAGGCUGCUGUUUGGAGGCUGCUGGGGUUGGCACGCAGGGACUGCUUGGCAGUCUUGUCUCAUUACUGGCACUGCCGUUCUCUGCUUGGUCUCCAAGACCCUUCUGCCAGAUGCACUGUGAACGCUUCAGCCUGUGAAUCUGUUUUGCAUCUCUAAUAUUUUAAUGUGGGUCCCAUUGCAAAGAGCCCUUCCAGUAAGUCUCAGGUUGGGCUGGGCAGUGCCAAGGAGCAAGAACAGUUGGAAGUUGGGAUCCAGGGGGGUUUCCCAUCUGCCCAGGGCCAUGAGGUUGGUCCAGUUCCAAGCCAAGGGAUCAACAGCCAACCCCCGGAUCGGGCUGGAAGAAAAAGAUGGAGGCAACGUGAUAGACCUGAACGCUUUUGAUCCAUCUCUGCCCAGGACCAUGAGGACAUUUCUGGAGGAAGGAGAUGCAGCAUUUGCUGUAGCUAAGAGAGCACAAGAGUCUGGCCAACACGUCCUGCCCCGUGCUGAAGUCUCCCUCUUGGCUCCCAUAACCAGUCCUGAUAAAGUGAUCUGCGUGGGAAUGAACUAUGUGGACCACUGCUUGGAGCAGAAUGUAAAAAUCCCCAAGGAACCCAUCAUCUUCAGCAAGUUCCCCAGCUCCAUUGUGGGACCCUAUGAUGAGAUCAUCCUUCCAGCAGAGAGCCAAAAAGUAGACUGGGAAGUGGAGCUGGCCUUUGUCAUUGGGAAGAAAGGAAAGAACAUCCAGGAGCCGGAUGCCAUGAGCCAUGUUGCAGGGUUCACCGUUGCCCACGAUGUGAGUGCCAGAGACUGGCAGAUGGAGAAGAAUGGGAAGCAGUGGCUUCUGGGAAAAACGUUUGAUACCUUCUGCCCUCUGGGACCAGCUCUGGUUACCAAGAACUCCGUGUCAGACCCCCAUAACCUGGGGAUCCGCUGCAGACUGAAUGGGGAGCUUGUCCAAAACAGCAGCACCAACCAGAUGAUCUUCAAGACAGAGGCGCUCAUCGCGUGGGUCUCCAAGUUUGUCACCCUGUUUCCAGGAGACAUUUUCCUCACAGGGACUCCCCCAGGUGUUGGAGUUUUCCGAAAGCCUCCAGUGUUCCUGAAGGUGAGUGCUGUUCUCAGUGGAGCAUGGGUGACAUAAUAGCCUGUGGAGACUCUUACAAUAGAAUCGAGGGGGGGGGGGUAUAUAAGUGACAGCUGGGCAUUGCCCAGCCCCGCCACCUCCAAAGAGGUUUGCAGCACUGCACCCAAAAAGAAAACAAGGAAUAUUCCCCACGGGCAGUAAAAAGUGCCUAUGGAGCUGGCAAUGCCCUUAAUAGGGAAUACGUUUCUGUGUUCAAACUAAAAUGACACAUUGAUGGUUUUGAAUAACCAUAACAGUUUCAGCUCUGAACACCUGUGAUUUAUUCCUUAAGAGUAAGUAUUUCUGCAGCCUACGAAGUGGACCACUGCAAAUGGUCUUUACUGUGUCUCUAUUUUGUGAUGGAACCUUUUCAUGACCUUGAAUGGGCACGUUUAUGAUGCUUUGAAACCUGUUCCAUUUUGGGGGAUAUUUUUGAAGAGUGGGAGAUCAAACAAUCUCUGGUGUAGGGGAGUUGGACUUGCCAGAUCCUACUGUUAACUGCAUGUGCCAUCCCCAACAGGGAGACUAACCCUAUUUUCUGUACCGCAGACAGGAGACGAAGUGCAGUGCGAGAUUGACGAACUGGGAAUAAUCCGAAACAAGGUGGUAUGACUGGUUCACAUCUGGAACAGCUGCAGCUACAAAUGCCUUAAUACUAAUUUCUAAUCAGGAGCACAGAUUGAUCUGAAGUCUCCUUAAAGGGCUUAACUGAUGGACAGCCUCUUCUAACACUACUCAUAGCCACAGGACUGAAGAGCCAGCCAGGCACAGAUCAUGUCCCAGUCUGGACACUUCUAUGAAUAGCAGAGAUUAAAGAGAGUACACAUGAAGGUGUGUAAAUAUGA